AUGGGACGAUUUGUGUUUGGUGCAGGGGAAUGGUGGCAUGCAGACGUUGAAAAGCUGGUAAACAAAGCAAACCAGUUAGGCUCACCUCCAAACAAGUCAGAUGCUCACACAAUCAAUGGAAAGCCUGGACCACUGUUUCCAUGCUCUGAGAAACAUACUUUUGUCAUGGAAGUUGAACAAGGCAAAACGUACCUGUUGAGGAUCAUCAAUUCGGCCUUAAAUGAUGAGCUUUUCUUUGGUAUUGCUGGUCACAGCAUGACUGUAGUGGAAGUUGAUGCGGUAUAUACCAAGUCAUUUACCACUCAGGCCUUGCUGAUCGCCCCAGGCCAGACAACCAAUGUUUUGGUCCACGCAAAUCAAAUUCCAGGAAGAUAUUUCAUGGCUGCCAGACCUUUCAUGGAUGUUCAACUUCCCGUAGACAACAACACCGCAACAGGCAUCCUUGAAUACAAAGGCAUCCCUAAUACAGUUCUUCCAACGCUUCCUCAUUUACCCAAGUCUAACGAUUCAGCAUUUGCCUUCAGAUAUAACAAGAGGCUCAGAAGCCUGAAUUCACCACAAUUUCCCACAAAUGUUCCUCUACAAGUUGACAGGAACCUGUUUUACACAAUUGGUCUAGCAAGGAAUUCUUGUCCCGCCUGUUUAAAUGGAACCCGAUUAAUGGCUUCUUUGAACAACAUCUCUUUCACUAUGCCCGAAACUGCGCUUCUUCAGGCGCAUUAUUUCAAUGUUAAGGGGGUUUUUAAAACUGAUUUCCCCGAUCAGCCUCCUAAGCCAUUUAAUUAUACCGGUGCACCCCUCACAGCCAAUCUUAAGACCACUAUAGGCACAAGGCUCAGUAAAAUUGCAUUUAACUCAACUGUGGAAUUGGUAUUACAGGAUACUAAUCUUCUCUCCGUUGAAUCACACCCUUUUCACCUUCAUGGUUACAAUUUCUUUGUUGUUGGAACUGGGAUUGGAAAUUUUGAUCCUGGCAAAGAUGCACCAAAAUAUAACUUGAUCGAUCCGCCAGAGAGAAACACAGUUGGUGUUCCUACUGGCGGUUGGACUGCCAUUCGAUUUAGAGCUGAUAAUCCAGGAGUGUGGUUCUUGCACUGUCAUUUGGAGAUUCAUACUGGAUGGGGACUGAAAACAGCAUUUGUUGUGGAAGAUGGUCCAGGGGCAGAUCAGGGUAUUCUACCUCCACCGAAGGAUCUCCCAAAAUGCUAGUUGCUGGAUUAUUUGAUUCAGCCAAUCUCAGUGUUUGUACAGGAAAACAUUUCUUGUGAAAUUGCAAUUAAUUUGUUUAUGCCUCUCAAAAAAAAAAAGAUAAGAUGGUCGGAGGCUAUUUGAGUGUCAUACUUCAGACGCAAUCCUAAAGGUGCCAACAAAGUGUAAAAAGUCAGAAUUUUCCUUGGGAUAUUUGUUGGAACUGCAAAGUGUAAUAAAGUCCAGAUGCAUUAAUGUCAA